GGAGACUGACUGACUGGCUUGAGACCGGACAGACAGACGAGUACCAACGAUAUCCGUUCUUCGUUCAAGAAAACAAUUCCCAACACAACCACCAAGCAAACCCGUAUAUACGGCAUCAGACUCUCAUACAUCUCCCCCCCUCACACUCCUCCCCUCCGCCACAAAUCGCACAAGAUGUCUUCCAUCCUCCGCAAACUCCAGGGUGGAAACCUCGAAGUCUUCAAGUUUGGAACCUACAUCCUCUUCCCCAUCGGCUGGAUGUACUACUUCGGCACGAACCUCGACGACCGCUUCACCGUCAAGGGCUUCUGGCCCACCGCCGAACAAUCUCACAAGAUCCCGCUCGAGAAGGAGGAGAUCGACCGCGAGCUGAACCGCAUGCGCAUGAACGACGCCAUCCGCCGGGAGCGGAGGCAGCGGGAGGCGGCGGAGGCGGAGCUGCGGCUGGCUCAGGCACAGACGGAAGCAUCUGCCAGCAGUGCGGAGUAGUUUCCCUCCUUUUGAGUGACUUGUUUGUUGGGCGGGAUGAAAGAAAAAAGGUUGCGUUGCGGUGCGGAUGGUUUAAAUGCCAGGCUUUGCCUUGACAUCCUGACCCGGAGGAAAAAAGAUUUAUGCCUUUAUUGAUUGUUUGCGUUGGAUUCCCCAGCGGGGAGAGGGUCGGUUUGGGUUAUCAGUGUCCGUGUCCGCUCCGAUAUGGUGAGGUUGGUGCCCUCGAUUAUGUACUAUCUCUGGCCGGGGUGCGCUUGUUUUUUCUCCAUUGUAUAACACUCUCCUCUGAGCAUGACCGGAGUUGUAUAUUGGGUUGGAGGGCUCUUUUUGCUUUUUGUUCUCGGGAGUUUUUUCUUUAGCUGCAGACCAAAAUUGUACUUCAAUGCUUAAUGGUAGUAUGUUCGUCUCG